AUGGAGUGCACUGCAUCAGUUGGAGGUCUCAGCAGGGUACAUCUUAUGCCCAAGACUGCUUCUGCUGGAAUUUCGAGAGUAAGAAGUAGAGUUAGAACAAAGCAGUCUGUACUUAAAACGGCUACAACUAUCAGGGCAUUUCAAUCUCAAAAUGCUCCCCACUUUUCUUCUUCUUCUUCAUUGUAUGAUGUUCUCUGUAUCUCUCCCGACGCGAGUGUGCGUGAUAUAAAGAGCGCAUAUCGUCGGAUGGCUCUUAAAUACCAUCCUGACGUCUGCCCUCCUGCAGAGAGGGAAGAAUAUAACAGUUUGUUUCUUCAAGUCAAGGAGGCUUAUGAAACUCUAUCGGAUCCUCAGCUCCGCCAGGAUUACGACUGGAGACUGCAGAACAUGUUCACAGUAGGCGAUUACGAAGGCAGAUUAGCGAGUAGUCAUGUGUGGGAAGCUCAACUGAUGGAGUUGAUAAAGAAGAGAUCUGGUUAUAAUUCAUCAUCUUGGGGCAGCAGAAUGAGAAGACGAAAUCUAUCAUCUUUCUUUACCACUACCUUAGACUCCUUUGAAAUGUUUAAUGUCUGUCUGAUAGUUGCAGUACUUGAGGCUGCACGGAAUGCUACUGUAGCAGUUCUGAUACAGAUUACGACUUUGCACUAA